UAAAAAUAUAAAUAAAAUGAAAAAAUACCCGAUUGACCAAAACGAGGUGUAUCAAUUUAAGUGUACAUAUACUUUACAUAAAGAUCUAUAUCGAAAGAAUGCAGCAUUUCCAAGCACAUUACUUCGUCCUCAGAAUCAGAUAAAUCUGAUGCCUGAUAUUAACGAUAAGCCUACCUCACAAGUGCCAGAGAGCAAAUUUAAAAUAAGAAAUAUUCAAGAAGUUGAAGAAGAGCAUAAAUAGCCAUAUGAAUGAGUUAUUCACUCAGCUAAGGAAGGGACAUAGUCUCUCAAGAAAAAGCACCAUCACAACUUCAGGCACCAGAAAGCCUAAUACAACAUACCAGAAUAGACUAACAAGCUUUACUAAUAAAAAUACUAACCAGACCAAAAGAACCAGGCCAAAGACAGCUUAUAGACCAAUGACAGGGAAGUUGCCUGGUGGUAGAAUGAAGAAUCUACUAGAGAGCCCAAAGAAAAGUUUCAUAUCUCACCCAUAUCAGAAUAAUCCAGAAGUCCUUGCGAACAUAACAGAGAUGACUUAUGUAGCGCAGUCUAAUAAGAAUUCAAGGCUUCCUUCUAAUGAGAGGAAGAACUCUCCUCGUAAACCUGAGGUUUAUCCAAGAAAAACUAAUAAAUUCAAGAAAACUAGCCGUACAAAGAAAUUUUCCAGUAAAAAAAUGAGAGAACGAAACGAAAUUCUUUCUAAAUUUAGCCGUUACGGACCAUUCUCCGGCCUUGGUGAUACCAAAAUGAGUUCUUUCUCAGAGACAAAAUCAAAGAAUAAGAGAAAUAGGAUGUUCAGGACCUCCAACCCGUACUCCUUAACUGGAAACAAGGUCAACUCAAAUACACAGACUAUAAGGAAGCCAAUCAAAGCAAGUAGGUUCACUUGGAGAGAAGCUCCAACACAAGAGAUAGUCACUCAGAUGGAGUUUACAAGGAAACUUGCCCAGUCAAGAUCUGAGCUACUUCAUCAGCAAAAAGCGACCUCUCGUCCAGCAAUGGUAGAAGCAAGUUAUAGACCUCUUGAACAAUUCAUAGAAGAGGCUAAUGCUCUUAAGAAAGAAGUCAAACCUCUUCUCAAAAGAACAUUGCUGUUUGAAGGAAGGUACGAUGAUGGCAAGAAAACUGGCAAAGGAGAUUUUGUAUUCCCUAACGGAGACUUCUUCAGGGGUAACUUCAGUAGAGACCUCAAAGAAGGCUUCGGGACCCUUAUUUCUUUCAAAAACAACUUUAUCUUUAAGGGAGAGUUUAAACAAGAUGAGAUAAAAGGCCAUGGAACCUGCCUUCAUAGUAACGGCAUGGUAAUAGAUGGCUAUUACAUUGGAGAACAAAAACUUAACAACGAUACCGAAGUCAAGGUGCUCUACACUAAUGGAGAAGUCUACGAAGGACGCUGGAAAGAAAACAAGAGAUCUGGCAAAGGAAAACAUAUCUACAGUGACUACUCCAUUUAUGAUGGCGAUUGGCUGGAAGACGAAAGACACGGGAACGGUAAAAUGACUCUUCCCAACAACAGCUUCAUAAUCGGAGAGUUCAGGAAUGAUGUGAUGGUUAACGGAUCUAAAUACAUCGACGAGAACCGUAAUGUCUAUGAACCCCUCCUCAGUGGAGACAAAUCAGGAAGGUUCUACAAUGGAAGGCUCUAUGGCUUGGGAAAGAUUAAUUUCAUCAAUGGUGAUUUGUACGAAGGUAUGUUCAAAGAUGGCAAAAGGUGCGGUCAUGGAAAAAUGCAGUACAAAUAACAUCAAAAAGUACCAAGAGGAUGAAGAAGGUCUCUCUCCUAAUGAAUCUAGUCAUCAAGAUCUUGACUGGGCCAUUUAUGAUGGAAUGUGGAAUGACAAUUGCAAGCAUGGCGAAGGAGUCAUGAAAUGGAGUGAUGAAAGUCAAUUCAAAGGCGAAUGGAGAAAGGACCAAAGGUAUCACGGCACCAUGAUCAUGGUUACAGGUGCUGAAUACACAGGAUAUUGGAAGAACGAUAAAUUUCAUGGUAAAGGUAAAAUCACUACUCCAGAAGGACUCGUAUUCGAAGGAGAAUUCCAGAAUGGAUUUCGCCAAAAAUAUGGAACUAUUUUCUAUGAAGAUGGCUCUGUCUAUACAGGAGAAUUGGAAGAUUGGACAAGGCAAGGCUUAGGUAAACUAGAAGAAAACGGAAAUACUUAUGAGGGAUAUUUUGAUGACAACCGAAAGAAUGGCAAUGGCAAAAUGUACUAUAAAAACGGAGACUAUUACAACGGAACUUGGCUCGAUGAUAGACGUGAUGGUAAUGGGACUAUGCUCUAUGCAACCACAAAAGAAGUCUAUGAAGGAGAAUGGAGUGGAGAUCUUCGUUCUGGCCUUGGCAAAUUAAUUAUGCCAAAUGGAAAAACUAUUGAAUGAGAAUGGAGAAAUGGUAAGGCUCAGGGAGAAGGUAAACUUUAUGAUAGCUAAACCAAAUAUUAAAUUUUCAGUA